GGAAGCUUAAGACGUUAUAUCAAGUUUCUCACAGGAAGAUUUUUAAUCACAUUCUUGUAUACAGUCAAACUUGUUUAUAAAGGAAUAACUAAAAGAUAGUCUUUAUGUACGAGUGGUCUUUAUUCGAAGUUUUCACUGUUGUAUUUAUUUCAAUGAAAUUUUCUAAGAAAAUGUUUUUGUUUUUCGUUGCGAUGUGGUCUUCAUGCGGAGGCCAUCUUUGUCACUGGUUUGACUGUAUUAACAAAAUAGAUGGACUUAUAAUCAUCCGUAUGCAUACAUUCUUUGAAUAUUUUAACAAGCCAAACAGAAACAUGAUAUUGGUUAAACAUACGUUUUUUAUUCAUACAUCAAUUUAUAGACUAUUUUUGUAUUGUAUUGCCUUAAAGUAUGACGUGUUGAAUUUUAAUUGGCUCACAAGCAAGCGUUUUGAAGCGAAAAUAAAAUAGCGUGUAAACUGAUGAUUUAAACUAUUUAGAUUUAAGCACAAGAGGCAAUAUAUUGUGGACAAAUUUGUUAUAAGUUUUUUUUGUAAUCAAAUAUGCUACUGUGUUUACAUAUAAACAUUUGAAUAGAAAACAUUUAAAAGAUGAACUUUGUGCUCAAUUUCUAGAACACUUGAUUCAAACACAUAGAUGGAUUAAAGAAGACACUUAACCCUAUAGAUCGGAGCUUACAAGACACACCAGUGCUUUAAGUGGGAAAAAAAAAAGUUUCCAAGCAAUGGCUUCAUAUAGCCCUAAACUGUUAGAAAAGAAAUACAAUAACUGGGUUAAAGCUCAGUUAGCUUUGUUGUUUACUAAAGAAGGAGUUGAAUCUUUUGUUUGUAAUGAAAUGCAACAAUUUCAAUUGAAAUGUCUGCAUGAUAUAUGCUACUUAAAUGGCUUAUUUAGUGGGACUUGUUGUUCAAGUUGCUGCACGGAAAAUGUUGUUCAUUGCCGUACUGACACAAUUUGUAAAGUUAAGCACGGGAAAUGUACGUAUCAUCGAAAUGUUGCGACAAAGUACAGUUAUUCUGGCUGUCCUAACAAGAUAUGUCAUAACUUCAAAACUGAAAUAUACAAUGCACAUAGGUACAAAGGUCCGUCGUACAAAAAUAGUGAUGCCACCCAGUGGUGCAGUAAUUACUGGGAAGUAGCAAAGUGCUUCAUGCCCCCAGAUGGAUACAGAGAAAAGACAUCUGCAACAGAAACAGACUUUAAUGGUAUUAUUAGUGUUAUCCUUAAUUACAAAGACUUCCAGGGUAAAAUACGUGAAAACCUCAACAAUAAGAAAAAUAUUUUUGAAAAGGCGAGAGUGAUUGGAAGAAAUGUGCGACAUUCAUCAAAACUUGAAGUAGAAGAUUCAGAUCUCCAGAAUUACUUUCAAUUAUUACAGAAACUACUUUCUGACCCCGUGUAUUUAGGUACUGACACGCAUGCGCAAGAUGCUAAGCAGAAACUUAUACAGUUAGAAAAUGACACUCUUGUCAUUGGUAAAGAAGAUAUAAGAAGGGUACUAGACGAUGUGGCAACAGCAAUUCAAGACAAGAUGAAGGCUGGAUUAGAUGAGAAAUAUGACAUAGUUAAACUAGAUAUGAUUAGAAGAAAACAAGAAGACCUUCUAUCUCUCGAGUCUAAAACUGCCGAGGGUAUGACACAAAUACAAAAUAAAUCAGACGCUUCUGUGAAAAGAUUAAAUGACGAAAGGGACAAAGAACUUGAUACAAUUCAUAAACAAGGAAAUAAAGAACGAACAGGCCUGGCUGAAUUAGGAGAGACAUUACAAAAAGAACUGAAGACAGCAAGUAAAGCCGAGAAAGAAGAACAAUAUCUAUCUCUCCAGUCUAAAACUGCCGAGGGAGUGACACAGAUACAAGAUGAAACUGAUGCUGCUGUGAAAAGAUUAAAUGGCGAAAGGGACAAAGAAGUUGAUACAAUUCAUAAACAAGGAGAAAAAGAACGAACAGACCUGACUGAAUUAGGAGAGACGUUACAAAAAGAACUGAAGACAGCAAGUAAAGCCGAGAAAGAAGAACAGUAUAUUGAUUCUAAAAAACGUAAGUGAUAUAACAUUUAUUUUUGUUUAUCAUAUGACAUCAUGGUGUGUGAUAUAACUAUAACAAAUUUCCUUUGUACUUAACACCUGAAAAAAUAUAACCAUUGAAUACCAUUGAAUAGCACCACAAGUCAUGAUGUUCUAAAAUCAUCCAUUCAUUAUUCUUGAGUCCAAAAUUUUGUAUCAAAUACAUACUGCACUCCAUUUAGCCUCGCGUUUAUUUUUCAAGCCCAAAUCGAAGCCAUAUCAAAUCCAUGAUGUACACCUUCAAGUAUCGUUUUCAUUUUCCGAGUCCAAAAUGUCCAUAUCAAAAACAUUCUGCACUCGAAGUGAUCGAAUGUGUGAUAUACAUUUUUCUUAUACUUAGACACCAGAAUUGUUGAUCUUAGGUGCCAUCUUGAUUUAAUGUAUUUUAAUGUAAAACUUAAGAGUUCGUUAUAAAAUGUUGAGUACCAUACUUAUUCUAGCCAAUAUAAUUAUAUUUAUUUAUGUAGAUAUUUUCAGGUAAAAUAUUUAAUUAAGUAUUCUUUUGUGCGACUAUAAUGCCAAUAACUUGGCGGAUAUAUGUUAUCCAAAUCAUGCCCUCUUAGGUCAAAAAUGGCCUACCCUUAUGGCUGCUUGGUUUAUAUACUUGAAUUCUUUGAAAGUACAAUGCCAAGGGUUUAAAUAUUUUCUAAAUAGUAUCAUCAUGUGAUGCACUACAAAUUUUUAUAUAAAAAACGCCUGUUCGUGCUGUCAUGGAAAGGGCACCGGGUAUAAUUGGGGAAAAAAAAUCGACAUUUUUAGAAAUUUCCGAACGUUAAAAAAAUAGCUUACACACCUCUUUUAAUUUUUAACGCGUGUGUGAUCGUAAAGUCUGUCACUUCUUUUGAGAAACAAGUCAAAACAUUAACAUUUUUUCUCACAAGUUGAAAUAUAGGCUUAUAGUAUUUAUAAUUCGAGCCACUGUUGUGAAUUGUGUUUUCUGGCUCAUCUGAGCACAAAAUGAUACAACUGUGUCCGUGGACCUCCAGGAAAGUAUGCGGUUAUUUUGGAGGACAGUGAAAGACUGACAUAUGUUUAAGUUAACUUACCCGGGACUUGAAGCCACAAGUCUCGCGCUUUAACCGACUGAGCUAUGCGUGCUGGCAAAAUCAUUCUAUGUGAUAUACGUUUUAUUUAUUGUGUCCUCUGCUCCAUUGAUGAUAUAUAAUUUAUUAUAACUAUCCUGUGAAAUGUAAUCAAAUUUUAAAGGGGAGAAAAAUGUGAAGCCUGACCAGGACUCGAACCAGGGACCCUCAGAAUAUCGUACCGCGGCUCUACCGACUGAGUUAUCCGGCCGCUUACACACUAUCUCCCCUAAUUAGUAAACAGUUCUGAACCAUAGCAUACUCCCCCGCUAUAUUGAAAUGUGUCCUCGAGUUUCUCAGCGAUAGAGAGCAAUGUUAAUGCAGUCAUGGUCCCCCGUUGAGCGCCAAAUGUUACAGAGUUAGAAAAAUGUGCAGCCUGACCGGGACUCGAACUUGGGACAAUUGUUGGUUAUCGGACUCAAAAAUCACUAUCAAUAAUCGGACCACCACAAUCGAUUGUCUGCCGAUAGUAUAAUCAAGUUUCGCACUUACUAUGGCCCUUUUUGUGUCGCCUUGAAAAGGUGACAUAUAGGGGUUACUUUUGUCGGCGGUGUCGGCGGCGGCGUCUGUGUCGUUGUCGGCGUCGUUGUCGGCGUCGUCGUCGGCGUCCCCUAAAGCUUGUCCGGAGCAUAACUCAGUCACUAUAAGUUUGAUUGACUUCAAACUUGGUAUGCAUGCUUCUUUCAAUAACCCGAAGUGCAGUGCACAAGGUCCGGUACUCUGCAGUUCUUAUUUUUUGAGUUAUUGCCCUUUGUUAAUUUUCAUACUUUAAUUUUGUCCGGGCCAUUUCUCAUCAACUUAAAAAGCUAUGGACUUGAAACUUCAUAGGAUGAUAGAUCUCAUUAAGAAGAAGUGCAGUGCACAAGAACCAGUACUCUGCACUUCCUAAUUUUUGAGUUAUUGCCCUUUGUUUAUUUUCAUACUUUAUUUUUGUCCAGGCCAUUUCUCCUAAUG